UUUGAUCCGUAGCUACAGGCUCCGGGCUGUCCUGGGACUCGGGGGCGGAGGCAAGGCCAGGGGAGUCUCCGGCCUCAAUGGGGAAUCUUCGACCCUGUGGGGUCUCCUGGGCACUCAUCUCCAGGCCCCGGGGCGCUCUGCGCGGGGAGCGGCAGUCAGGCGACUCCGGGGCCCUGGGCGCUCCCUGCCCGUGCCGCCUCUUGUGUCGUGGCUUACCUGCCGGAGACCGAGGCCAGUCCCAGGCUGGAAGCAACUGCCCGAGCCCUGGCCGCGGGAGGACGCUCCGGUCCAGGCGGAGCCUGGCAGGUGUCUGCUGCGUGCCCGGGUCCCAGCGUCGAAGGGAAGGGCUGCAUUGUGACCCCGAUCUCUGCGUGCUGACCUCACACAGCCUGUUCCUCGAUAGAAUUCUAGGCCGGUCCGGGCCAUUCGGGCAUUUAGUGAGGGCCCGGGGGGGCCUGAAGCCAGAGGCUUCUGGCGACCACACCUUGGUGACCGGUUCGCACUAUCCCUCAACAGCUUGAUGGAGACUUGGGAGAUGAGGGUGACCUGUCUGGAAGCAGAGCCCGCAUGGAGAAGCCCUGCAUCCCUGGCCUACACAGCCGCCCGGGCCCCUUCUCCGGCACUGUGCCCCCUCGGUGCCUCCCUCAUGAAUGACUUAACUCAGGCUGGGUUUGGUGGUGGUGGUGAGGGCCAGCAGGGACACUGCCCAUGUUGUCUGAGGAUCACACAGCAUUUACAUCACAAUUGGGCAGGAGUUUAAAGAUGUCUGGUCCUCUCCCUCCCCACCACCUGUGGCUGUGUCCAGACGGAGAAUGUUCUAGCCCUGGAGGCAGCUGUGGAUGAAGUCCUUGGGGGGAGAAGAAGCAGGCCGAGGGCGAUGGUGGAGUAGUGCUGCCUCCCCGAGGCAGCAUGAGCUGAGAGGGUGACAAGAAGGAGGCGCUACACAGCAUGGAGGACUUUCUACUCUCCAAUGGGUACCAGCUGGGCAAGACCAUUGGGGAAGGGACCUACUCAAAAGUCAAAGAAGCAUUUUCCAAAAAACAUCAAAGAAAAGUGGCGAUUAAAAUUAUAGACAAGAUGGGAGGGCCAGAAGAGUUUAUCCAGAGAUUCCUGCCUCGAGAGCUCCAGAUUGUCCGCACCCUGGACCACAAAAACAUCAUCCGGGUGUAUGAGAUGCUGGAGUCGGCAGAUGGGAAAAUCUACCUGGUGAUGGAACUGGCUGAGGGAGGGGAUGUCUUUGACUGUGUGCUCAACGGAGGGCCACUUCCCGAGAGCCGGGCCAAGGCCCUCUUCCGCCAGAUGGUUGAGGCUAUCCGCUACUGCCAUGGCUGUGGCGUGGCCCACCGGGACCUUAAAUGUGAGAACGCCUUGUUGCAGGGCUUCAACCUAAAGCUGACCGACUUUGGCUUUGCCAAGGUGCUACCCAAGUCACGCAGGGAGCUGAGCCAGACCUUCUGCGGCAGCACAGCCUACGCCGCUCCCGAGGUGCUGCAGGGCAUACCCCAUGACAGCAAGAAAGGUGAUGUCUGGAGCAUGGGUGUGGUCCUGUAUGUAAUGCUCUGUGCAAGUCUACCUUUUGAUGACACAGAUAUCCCCAAGAUGCUGUGGCAGCAACAGAAGGGGGUAUCCUUCCCCACUCAUCUGGGCAUCUCAACUGAAUGCCAGGACCUGCUGAAGCGGCUCCUGGAACCAGAUAUGAUACUCCGGCCUUCAAUCGAAGAAGUUAGUUGGCACCCAUGGCUAGCAAGCACUUGAUAAAAGCAAUGGCAAGUCCUCCCCAAUAAAGUAGGGGGAGAAAGCAAACCCAAAAACCCGCUUCUAAAGUGGUGAUAUAUAUUUUACA